CACCACCAAAUUCUUUGCCACCAAAAUAACAGAAAAUAAACUAAGGCAAGACAAAAGAUCAACCAAAAAAAAUUCAAAAAAUCAAAAAAAGAUGGCAACUUUCUGUCUCUCAAAUGCAAAAUCCUUCCUCCCUUCACUCCAAUCCUCUUUCCCAUCUUCCUCUUCCUCUUCACCAUUAUCAAUUCAUACCCAGAAGCUCAAUUCAAGGAGACAGCUCAUAUGGUGCAAAGCUGUGGAUGACUCACAUUUCCCCCCUCCAAUUCUCAUCUCCAAGAGAAGCCUGUACCUUAGCCUCACCACCACUUUGCUGCUCUCCUUGAGUGGCAGCCAUGGCUGCUUUGAUGCCAAUGCUGCAAUUCUUGAGGCUGAUGAUGAUGAGGACUUGUUGCAGAAGGUGAAACAGGACAGGAAGAAGAGGCUUGAGAGACAAGGACUUAUCAAUUCCUCUGGUAAAGAGAGAGGAUACCUGCAAGAUCUCGUCUACAAGCUGAGCAAAGUUGGCCAAGCCAUCGAGAAAAAUGAUCUCCCGGCUGCAAGUGGUGUUCUCGGUCAAAAUGUUGAGACAGAUUGGGUUAAAAAUGUUAACUCGGCCUUAACCAAGUUCAGCAUCAGCCCUGAGGAGAAGAGUGAGGUAGAUGCUUUCAACUCAUCGUUGGCUUCUCUAAUUUCAUCGGUCAUAAAGAACGACAUUGAAGCAUCAAGAACAUCGUUUGUAGCAUCAGCAACUGCAUUCGAGAAGUGGACAACCUUAACAGGUCUGGUUGGAGAGCUUAAAGGACUCUGAAAUGAAAAAGGGAUGCUCAUUUAGUAUAUCUAAUGCGCCGAAGGCCAUGGCUGACUCCAAUUUUUCCACUCGGAUUUACUACAUUGAGCUAUGUUUUAGUUGUUUUUUUUAUGCAUAGAAUUAGUCUGCAGACAACAAUGUUCAAUGAUCAGAUUCUUGUUUACUACAGCUGAGUUUAUCAGUAUAUUGUGUACCUCAUUGUUUAUCAAGGAUAUGGAGUAAAUAUUCUUUUGUUUUGAACUGAA